UGCGGGUGGAAUUGGCCUCCGCACCGCGAAAGAUCCAUCCCGGAAGUAGUUGUUGGUCGUCUCCAUGCGCCGGUUCCUGGGCGUCGUAGAGCCAAGGCGCGAGGCUCGGACCCAGAGGUAGAGCCGGAGGGGACCCUAAGCGCCCCCGGCCCAGGACGCUAACCGCUGCGCCUGCGGGGCCGGCCCCGGCGCCAUCAUGCUGCUCCUGCCGAGCGCUGCGGACGGCCAGGGCACCGCCAUCACCCACGCUCUGACCUCUGCCUCAACACUCUGUCAAGUUGAACCUGUGGGAAGAUGGUUUGAAGCUUUUGUUAAGAGGAGAAACAGGAAUGCUUCUGCCUCUUUUCAGGAACUGGAGGAUAAGAAAGAGUUAUCAGAGGAAUCGGAAGAUGAAGAAUUGCAGUUAGAAGAGUUUCCCAUGUUGAAAACACUUGAUCCCAAAGACUGGAAGAACCAAGAUCAUUAUGCAGUACUUGGACUUGGCCAUGUAAGAUACAAAGCUACACAGAGACAGAUCAAAGCAGCUCAUAAAGCAAUGGUUUUAAAACAUCACCCAGACAAACGGAAAGCAGCUGGUGAACCAAUCAAAGAAGGAGAUAAUGACUACUUCACUUGCAUAACUAAAGAAGAGUGGUCAAAUAAAAAAAAUGUUCCUAAACUUGGUGAUAUGAAUUCAUCAUUUGAAGAUGUAGAUGCAUUUUAUUCUUUCUGGUAUAAUUUUGAUUCUUGGAGAGAAUUUUCUUAUUUAGAUGAAGAAGAAAAAGAAAAAGCAGAAUGUCGUGAUGAGAGGAGAUGGAUUGAAAAGCAGAACAGAGCAACAAGGGCACAAAGGAAAAAAGAAGAAAUGAAUAGGAUAAGAACAUUAGUUGACAAUGCAUAUAGCUGUGAUCCAAGGAUAAAAAAAUUUAAGGAAGAAGAAAAAGCCAAGAAAGAAGCAGAAAAGAAAGCAAAAGCAGAAGCAAAACGGAAGGAGCAAGAAGCUAAAGAAAAACAAAGACAAGCUGAAUUGGAAGCUGCUCGGUUAGCUAAAGAGAAAGAAGAGGAGGAAGUUAGACAACAAGCAUUAUUGGCAAAGAAGGAAAAAGAUAUCCAGAAAAAAGCCAUUAAGAAGGAAAGGCAAAAACUUCGAAACUCAUGCAAGACCUGGAAUCACUUCUCUGACAAUGAGGCAGAGCGGGUUAAAAUGAUGGAAGAAGUGGAAAAACUUUGUGAUCGGCUUGAACUAGCAAGCUUACAGUGCUUGAAUGAAACACUCACAUCAUCUACAAAAGAAGUAGGAAAGGCUGCUCUGGAAAAACAGAUAGAAGAAAUAAAUGAGCAAAUCAGAAAAGAGAAAGAGGAAGCUGAGGCUCGAAUGCGACAAGCAUCUAAGAAUGCAGAGAAAUCAACUGGUGGGAGUGGAAAUGGCAGUAAAAACUGGUCAGAAGAUGAUCUGCAAUUACUAAUUAAAGCUGUGAAUCUCUUCCCUGCUGGAACAAAUUCAAGAUGGGAGGUUAUUGCUAAUUACAUGAACAUCCAUUCUUCUUCUGGAGUCAAGAGAACUGCCAAAGAUGUUAUUGGCAAAGCAAAGAGUCUUCAGAAACUUGACCCUCAUCAAAAAGAUGACAUAAACAAAAAGGCAUUUGAUAAAUUUAAAAAAGAACAUGGAGUGGUGCCUCAAGCAGACAACGCAACACCUUCGGAACGGUUUGAAGGUCCAUGCACAGAUUUUACCCCUUGGACAACAGAAGAACAGAAACUUCUGGAGCAGGCUUUGAAAACGUACCCAGUAAAUACACCUGAAAGAUGGGAGAAAAUAGCAGAAGCAGUGCCUGGCAGGACAAAGAAGGACUGCAUGAAGCGAUAUAAGGAACUCGUCGAGAUGGUAAAAGCUAAGAAAGCUGCCCAAGAGCAAGUGCUGAAUGCAAGUAGAGCCAAGAAAUGA